CGAGCGAGCGGGCGAGGUUGCAAGCGGAGCGGCGGAGGCGGCGGCCGGAGAGGAGCAAUGCCUAAGUCAAAGGAACUUGUUUCUUCAAGCUCUUCUGGCAGUGACUCUGACAGUGAAGUGGACAAAAAGUUAAAGAGGAAAAAGCAAGUUGCUCCAGAGAAACCUGUAAAAAAGCAAAAGACUGGUGAAACUUCCAGAGCCCUGGCCUCCUCUAAGCAGAGCAGCAGCAGCAGAGAUGACAACAUGUUUCAGAUUGGGAAGAUGCGGUACGUGAGUGUCCGGGACUUUAAAGGGAAAGUCUUAAUUGAUAUUAGAGAAUACUGGAUGGAUACGGAAGGAGAAAUGAAACCAGGAAGAAAAGGUAUUUCUUUAAAUCCUGAGCAAUGGAGCCAGCUGAAGGAACAGAUUUCUGACAUUGAUGAUGCAGUAAGAAAACUGUAAAAUCAGAGCCAUAUACGCCUGUCCUGUUCUAGUUGUUUUAAUCUGUCUUUUUACAUUGGCUUAUGUUUUCUAAAUGUUGUUUUCCAAGCUAUUGUAUAUUUGGAUUGCAGAAUAAUUUGUAAGAUGAAGACUUUUUUUUACGUGCAUUAUUAAAAAUGUUCUGAGUGAAGCUAAUUGUCACCUUUAUUAAGGAGGAUUGCUUUGUGUCUACCACGUGUAGUGUAAAAUAAAAA